AUGUCAUCUAUCACCAUCGCAACGCUCCCGCGCAUGAGUCGUGAUUCUCUAUCCGCGCUCCUCUCCAACAGCACACCCAGCAAAUUGGCCAUUAUCGAUGUUCGGGACUCAGAUCAUAUUGGUGGACAUAUCCGCUCCUCAAUCUGGGUCCCCACCUCCAGUCUGGACGUCCGCCUGCCCGAGCUCCUCCGCACCCUCAAAGACACUGAGAAGGUCGUCUUUCACUGUGCCCUGAGCCAACAGCGCGGCCCUUCUGCAGCCCUGCGCUAUGCACGUGAGCGCGAGCGUACCUUUGGUGAGGAGGAAGGCAAGAAGCAAGAAGUCUAUGUCCUGGAGGGAGGCUUCGUGCAAUGGCAGGAGAAGUAUGGCAAGGACGAAAGGCUGACUGAGGCCUAUGUCGAGGACAUCUGGCACGAGUAUUGA